AACAAAAAUGUAAACGCCCUCGAAUAAACCAAAUUUCAUUUCAGGUGUCUUGGUGGUUUGAUGGACAGCUUUUGCAAAACAAUACCAGCAUAGCUCCAGGAAUGCGUUUAAUUUACUUCAUCGAGGAGGGCAGUGAAAAUAAGAAGAGCGAACUAUUCAUCAGCAACGCCAAUGUUGAAGAUAAUGGCACUUAUGUGUGUCAUGCGGAAAAUGCCGCUGGAAGUGCCCAAUCGAACUUCACCAUUAAAAUAGUGCUGAAAGAAGAACCCAUAGUGAUCAUAGUGUCGUUUCCGAUCGAAUAUUUAAUGUUCGCUGUGAUCGGUGUUGCGGUGAUUCUCAUUCUAGUGCUCUUCAUAGUGAUUGCUUGUCUGAUCAGGUGCCACAAGAAAAAGAAGCGGCAGUUGAAGCGGAACCAGACCAAGGAGGUUUCAUUGCAUCUCCAACAAAACCAGAACGGAACCAAUACGGAAAAAACUUGGGCAAAAUCAAUAUCCUCAUCCCCUCUGGAUCAACAAAUGAAGCAAAAUUUGACACCGUCUACUCAAACCACAACAUGCACUGCCGAAGCUGAAGAAGUGGUACUGUUUGGAAUCAGGGCCUGUGAAGAUCAAUAUGCCAACCAUUUAUCACCUAUUAGAAGUAGUAGAAAUCAAGCUGUUAGUCCCAUUUCUUUGAGAAGAUAUCAGCUAGAACAAAAUCCGGACCUAAUCAAUGGGACUGAAAGUAUAGGAUGCCGACGAGCCGGAGAUGGGGAAGAUGUUCGUCAAAUGAAAGAAGAAAAUUUAUCAAUGCCAUCCGGUGUAACUUGCAUUCGGAAUCCUGGGGAGUUUUAUGCAGGCGACCAAGGAACUUUAGGAAUUCGUCACGUAGUGGACGCCCAAGGCUACCCAAUCGACUACGGCCUGCCUAAAAUGCCUUGCAGGUCUUCUUGCAGCAACGAGUCUUAUUAUCGGACUCUUCCUUGUAAUCGGAUGAAACGGCAUUCGGCUGCUAAUCCACUCAAAAGAUAUUCCAGAGAAGUGGAAUUUCUUUCCCGUAGUAUCGACACUCCUUAUGACCAUUAUCACACCACAGACAUUCGAUACACAGCGGAUGGGUAUCCAGUGCCACGCCAAUUAAUUCCGCCUCAAGCCUCAUCGCCUUCAUCAGUUCCCUGUUGUUCACUGAACUGGCCGCCUUGCCUGCCUCCAAAUCCUCAAAAUCUACCUCAGAGUGUCUCAAAAAAGUGCGCCAGUGCACAAACGGACACUGAAGACGAGUGUGAUAGCAUUAGUGUUAGUGUACCAAAAAGUGAUAACGUUAAUGCAAACGCGCCAAAUGAAAACGCCAACGACCUUUUAACUGAGAGUCCCGAUGAGGGCUACGAGGGUGAACCGAGCGUGAUAUAGACUCUUCAUACAUCAAAGCGGAAUUUGUGAUGAAUUUAAGUGACGUUGGUGGUAAGAACUGCAAUUUGUAAGGUGGAAUCAGCGGAGAUACAAAUCAAUUAACUUCAUGUAGUUUUUAACAUUUUCAGUUUUAACAUGAACAGAACGAACUUGUUGCCCAGAGUUACUGGCUUCAGACGGAAGUUUGAAUUUCAUAUACGCAGUUUCCUACUGAAACAUAAAAUAAUCGAAAAUGUAAAAUAACAAAAACAACAAAUUUCAUUGGCCUGUUUUGCAAAUUUAGAAUGUAAAAACACACAAAGUGAAACUAUUUUCCUUAAAAUGUGUAUUAAAUAAAUUAAUCGGGUCUCACAUAAAUUGGUCCCAACUCACAAAGAAAACCGUUGAAAACUUUCAAUAGUAAAACGCUGAAAUGGAGUUCGAUGAUGCAUCAUAAUGCACAUUUAAAUUGAAAUCUUAUGACUUCGUUAACGCAUGGACAGUCUAAGCUAACUGUUUGCAUUUAAUUAAAUCCAUGCAAUAUUCAAACAACACCAAUCGCUUUAUGCCGGGACAUUUGAACUCAUGUCCACUCAAGUGUUUGGUAAAUCGGAGCACAGUGAAUUGAGCACGCGGAUUUGGAUGUUGAAUAACCAGGACGAAAUUUGACGAAAGAAAAAAUUAAUUCCUCAAAUUUUUCAGUCGUCAGAAAACGAAAAUGUGUACAUAAAUCACAGAAAACAAAUUUUAUCUCAUAAUAACGCGAAAAAACAUUAACCAAUCCCCUUUGGUUAUUUAGUGAUCGUAAACUUUUCAAACUGCCAUAACAGAAAUACCCAUUGGAUUCCUUUGAUGUGAGAUUAUCAACUUGUGUUAGAAGAACGUAAAAAACAGCAAUAAGCUCGAGGAAAACAAUAGGCGUCUUAUAAGAUGAAUAACUGAAAAUGUUAUUUUGAAGACAUCUACAAGAACGCGAAAUAAAACAAUUUAGUAUUAAAGAUGCAAGUUGAUUCUUUGUGAAAACAUCUCAUCCUUUCAUAUAUUUGAAGCCUUAGCUCUCUGCUGUCUUUUAGUAUCUCUGUUAGUCUCUUAUUCAUUCUUUUUCGGUUUGUAUAUUUAAAACUGAUGGAUAAAUAAGCAGGAAGGAAGCCUAGAGAACUGAAUUUUCCUUUGGAGAUCUGAAACCAACAAGGAAGUUGCAGCACUCUAAUCCCGCAUGGAUUUCAGAACGGCGCUUUGUUAAAUUGUAUCCCGAGGGAUCGUAUUUUAUUUCGCUUUGUCCCAGGUUUACUAUGAAAAAACUGCUGAAACUUAAAAACGGCAACUCCCUGCACAACUAAAUUAAAAUUGAAUGUAAUAUACAUUUUGUAUGUAAUAAAAUGAACAGGGUCAUAUAUGUACUCGUAUACUGUGUAAUAGAUAGAAAAGUGUACAUACUGACUUACUUUUGUAAAAAUCAUUAGGCAACCACUCAAUAUACUUACAGUUUUUCUUCACUGGUAUCUACGGUUUAUCUGAGCCAGCACUAAAAGUCCUACAUUCCUCUCAUGCGAAUAGACCCAGAGCAAUAAACGAUAAUAGAUCAAAGUUAAGUGAAAACCGUAGGUUUGUACAUUAUUUAGAAAAUAUGUUAUCGGUAGUUAUCUAACAUUUAGAAACUAAAUGUAUAUCGCACACGUAAAUGUUAGUAGGUCAGUCUAGAUACUUGUUAUACAAAGUCUCGGUACUAGCGAAACUAUUAGAAAAUUUGUUUUCUAUAGUUUAAGUUUUCAGUGUUAUUAGGUUUUACAAUAAAGUGUAUUUUGUACAAGA